GCUGAUCUUGGAUGAACCACUGAAGUUGGAUAAAGAUGGAUGUCCCCAAUUAAAAUCCAUCCAGCCAUGAUCCGCUGAGAUGUUGGACUCCAGUGACUGCUCCUUGUCCCUGGACAAUCUGUUUUUUGAGAAACCCAUUGUCCACAAAGUAAAGCCUCUGCACCAGGAGACUAGUCCAUGGCACCUGGAUGUGCCUCCAUCCCUUUCUCAGAUUCCAGCUACCCAUGAUAAGCAGGAGGAGGCAGAGUCACUCUCUACCCGAUAUAAUUUCUCAGUGAAACCUGUUUCGGCCUCAAGGUCCCUUCCUCCUUUUAAAUUAUCAGCUGGCCUUAAAGUGUUAUCACAAAUCAACAACUCUUAUGGUUUUAACCAUGACGAAAAAGAGUUUGAGGAGACUCAGUGUGGCAGCAACAGUAACAGCAUCAGCAGAUGUGAUGGCCUUUGGGGAGGUGAAGGGUUCAGGGAUUACUCUCAGGGUGCCUGUCAGAGUGGCAGAGGUGGAGAUGAAACCCUGCAGGACUCUGGUCAUGUGGCCGUCAGCAGGAGGUGUUUGUCUCUGGACGGCAGCAAAAGCCCACUUCUACGGAGAAGCUUGUUCAAGGUUCAGGUGUCGAGUAGUGGAGGUGACUCGUCACACACAGGCGACCUCAGUAUCCGCGGCAGCAGCAGCCAGACAGCUUCCCGACCUCAAACUUUUCUCAGUCAGGUCGCCAUGGCGACAGUACCUCCUCCUCUUCAGCCGCCACGGGCGACAGUUUGCAAAGCAGCUCCUCCUUUCCCUCCGGAGCCCCUCUUUUCACCCCCCCUCCUGGGCUCAACUGCAGCAAGUGGCCGACCCCCACAGCAGGCCACACACUCUGAGAUGCCGGACAGGGCCACAAAGAGAGCCUUCGUUCCGCCCAUGACGCCUCAGCCGCUCUGCAUACAAGGUUCUUCUGGGUCUGAAGUUUUGCGACCUGUCUCUGAAAUCCCAUCAAAGUUCAGAUCCGUCUUCAGCGAAUUCCCGUUUUUCAACUACGUUCAGUCCAAAGCGCUGGAUGACGUUCUUUACACAGGUAAGAACUUUGUGGCAUGUGCACCCACUGGAUCUGGAAAGACAGUGCUGUUUGAGCUGGCCAUCAUUCGCAUGCUAAUGGAGACGUCUGAGCCCUGGAGAGAUGUCAAAGCUGUCUAUAUUGCCCCCAUCAAAGCUCUGUGCAGUCAGUGCUUCGAGAGCUGGAGGAAGAAGUUUGGGCCUCUGGGUCUGAUCUGUAAGGAGCUUACUGGCGACACAGAGAUUGAUGACUUCUUUGAGAUUCAGGACUCCCACAUCAUCCUGACCACGCCUGAAAAAUGGGACAGCAUGACAAGAAAAUGGAAGGAUAACUGUCUGCUGCAGCUCGUCAGGCUCCUCCUUAUCGAUGAGGUGCAUGUGGUGAAAGAUAAGACCCGUGGUGCCACGUUAGAAGUGGUGGUGAGCAGGAUGAAGGCGGUGAACACAUACAGGACAGCUCAGAAUCCAGAGUCAGGCCUCUCAAUCAGGUUUAUGGCUGUUUCAGCCACCAUACCCAACAUCUCUGAUAUAGCAGACUGGCUGUCGAAUGAGAGCGGUCCAGCCACAUAUCUGGAAAUGGAUGAAAGCCAUCGUCCAGUGAAGCUCAGGAAGGUGGUGCUGGGAUUCCCCUGCAACCAAAACCAAACAGAGUUUAAGUUUGAUCUGUCACUCAACUACAAGAUGGCCAACAUCAUUCAGACUUACUCUGACCAUAAGCCUGCUUUAGUGUUUUGCUCUACCAGGAAAGGAGCCCAGCAGUCAGCUGCAGUUCUGGCCAAGGACGCUCGGUUCAUCAUGAGCAUUGAGCACAAGCAGAGGUUGUUAAAAUAUGCAAACUCUAUUCUGGAUUCCAAACUGAGAGAACUGGUGAUGUUUGGAGUUGGUUUCCACCAUGCAGGAGUUGAAAUGUCGGACAGGAAGUUGAUAGAAGAGGCCUUCACUCUGGGAGACCUGCCUGUCCUCUUUACCACCAGGACUCUGGCCAUGGGGGUGAACCUGCCAGCUCAUCUGGUGGUGAUCAAAUCCACCAUGCAAUACGUUGCAGGCUCCUGUGAAGAGUGCAGCGAGUCUGACCUGCUGCAGAUGAUAGGCCGAGCUGGAAGACCACAGUUUGACACAUCAGCGACUGCAGUGAUCAUGACCAAAGUUCAAACCAGAGACAAGUAUAUGAAGCUUAUGAAUGGGAUGGAAAUCAUUGAGAGCAGUCUACACGGUCACCUGGUGGAGCACCUGAAUGCUGAGAUUGUUCUCCAAACCAUCAGUGAUGUCAACAUGGCUCUUGACUGGAUACGCUCCACCUUCCUCUACAUCCGAGCCCUCAAGAACCCCACGCACUACGGGUUUUCUGCUGGCAUAGACAGACAUGGAAUUGAAGCAAAAUUGCAAGCUCUGUGCCUGAAGAACCUCACCUCUCUGUCCUCCAUCGGUCUGAUCCACAUGGAUGAAGAUAUCAAUAUCAAACCAACAGAGGCCGGCAGGUUGAUGGCGAGAUACUGUGUUGCUUUCGACACCAUGACGCAGUUCUGCAAAGUGGCUGGCACUGAGAACCUGUCUGACCUGAUCGAGCUAUUGUCCAAGAGCAAAGAGUUCAGUGACAUUCAGUUGAGAGUGAAUGAGAAACGGCCCCUGAACACUUUGAACAGGGACAAGAACAGGAUCACCAUCAGGUUUCCCAUUGAGGGAAAGAUCAAAACCAGCGAGAUGAAAGUGAACUGCUUGAUUCAGGCUCAGCUUGGUUCUAUUUCAAUUCAAGAGUUUGGACUCACACAGGACACAGCAAAGAUCUUCAAGAAUGGGAUGCGCGUCAGCAAAUGUCUGACAGAGUUUCUGAGUCAGCGAUCUAAGGCAGGUUUCUCAGCUCUGCUCAACUCCCUGAUUCUGGCCAAGUGCUUCAGAUCAAAGCUUUGGGAGAACUCGCCCUAUGUUUCCAGACAGAUGGAGAAGAUAGGUCAGACUCUGUCGACUGCCAUGGUGAACGCUGGACUCACCACUUUGAGCAAAAUCGAGCAAACCAACCCAAGAGAGCUUGAGCUGAUUCUCAACAGACAUCCACCGUUUGGAAACCAGAUCAGAGAAUCUGUCAUGAAUCUUCCAAAGUAUGAAGUUACUUUGGAGCAGCUUCCCAGAUACAGCUGUGCUACAGCAGAGAUUGUGGUGAAAGUGAACCUCAAAAACCAGGCCCAGCUGCUGUCCAGGAGAACGGCUCCAGACCACCACUACGUCUCACUGAUCAUCGGAGACUCUGACAACAGUGUGGUCUUCAUACAGAAACUCACGGACUUGGUACUGUUGCGGUGCGGUAGCUGGUCGAAGAAGAUUGAGGUGGUGAAGGCCUCGAAAGGAGAGGAGAUCAGUGUCAAUCUCAUCAGCUCAGAAUAUGUGGGCUUCGACAUCCAGCAGCAGUUCAACGUGUACUUCUCUGGAGCCAGGAGGUUUGGUACUGAUAAUCCAUGCCACACAUCUUAUGAUCCUACGGGACAGAGAUCGCAGCACUCUACUCUGAAACCUCAGUCAGGUGAUCCGGCUACACCUCAGAGGGAAAAUACCACAUCUGUGACAGACCGAGAUUCAGGCAACAAAAGACAGUGCAACCACUUCUGCAAGAAUAAGGAUCUCUGUGGCCACGACUGCUGUAAAGUAGGAGUAAAUGUGGCAAAGAAGAGGUCAACAAAUCAAGAAUAUGGUUUCUCUUCCCAUUUGAAAGACCUCAGGAGCAGAUGUGAAACACUGGCACAGACUCCUGUCAAACGACUCAAGAUGAAAAUGAGUGAGGAGUCUGUGUCUGUCAACAUACAGAACUUUGCUUACAAACCCAAAGAGAGACUUCCAACCGUUUCCUGGUAUGGAGUAAAUGACUAUGGAGUCUCAGAGAGACCUCACACUGAGACCGUGGAUCUGACAGGAGAAGACUGCACUGAACUCACAGACACGAUUCAUCUGGAUGAGUUUGACAGGGAUUAUAACGACUACGUUGGGGACAUGUACGAGACGAUGGAAGAGACAGUCCGAACCCCGGCUGCAUCUCAUACCCACCAUCAAAUGUCCUCAGUGUGGAUGAACCCGGGAACAAGUGUUUGGAGUCAGAACUCUGAACUGCAUCGAAACCGGACCAAUACAACCACCUCAGCUCAUUCUGAGAGGCCCACUGCGGUAACAAGCCAAGGCUCAUACUGUGAAACUGCUUUAUCCGCACAAAUACCAACUGUCACCUUUGACCUCGGAAAUGAAUGGGACGACUGGGGCGACUUUGAUGAUGAGCACUUGGUGCACGCCAGCGAGACGUCAUUUGCUUCUUGCACAACUAAUGCUGAACCUCAGACCCAGCAGUCUGUUGAGUGGAACACGCCAGGCUUCGGGGCUACAUCAGCACAUCCACUCUUCUUCAGUCCCUCACAAGUCAAACCCUGUACAACCCCUGCCGUGACACCACUGAGAUUGAUUUCACCCAAUCUAAGAUCUGAAAUCAGAAAACCAGAAGCGCCACUAGUCACAGUCAGGCCACAGAAUCGAGUCACUCUUGACUUUAAUAAAAAGAGACCAGGCAUCUUCAGUGAAGAGAUCCGAGUAAAAACAACGGAAACUCUCCCAAAACAGAAGCAGCUGGCCCCGGAGACCAGAAGGUUUGAUUUCUUCUCAACAGUGAGAGUCCCAGCCAACACCAGCACCAGCUCAUCUAUCACCAGAAGCAUCAGCAGCCAAGAGGAGGAAGCUUACAUUGGGAUAUUUGAUGGCAUAUUUUAGAAGUCGUUGAUGUCUCUAACUCUGAUAUGAAUUCAUCAGCAAGUGUUUGUGUUCAUCUUUAUUUGACAAGUGAGUUACCGGCUGUUUCAUAGUCGUGUUAUUAAAAAUUCACAUUGUAAUUGAAACAAGUUGUUCCUGUGAGUUCCGACUGU